AAAACAUUAUUAGUUGGUGAGGUCACAGGGUGAGAGAGUGAGAAAGAAGAGAGAUGGAGCUUUCUCAGCUUGGUUUCUUAGAAGAAUUGGUAGCUCCAAGAAGAGAGACAUGGAAUGCUUUGUCCAGUGGGUUCUUGGAGCUAUUGUCUAAUGGUUGGAGUUUUGACACUUUUCUUGAUAACCCAUCUUUCCCCUCCUCUAACACCCUCUUUGGUGCAUUUUCAGCACCAUUAGACCGCAGAUUUGAAUGCCCUUUCACCAAUGAACUACCACCAUACCCAUUUCCCGAUGCCUUCACAAUGCCAUUGCCAGACCUUCAACCUGGCAACGAUCAUCCCUCACCUCCACUUCCACCCACACUCGAGGAUGCAGAUAUUGCCUUUUAUCACAACAACAAUAACAACUUUCAAGAAAUCAAGACUGUCUGCAAAGUUGAAGAACAUGGUGUUGAGAAUCCACAACCCACAGAGAUUCCACUCUUCAACACAGCCAUG